UGGGCAUCCCCAUAGCGGCAACACAGAUCCUCCUCCAAGCAUCAGGACGCGGCGGGCGCCAUUUCAGGGAGCAGUCGCCUUUGCUAAAGCGGAGCCCGUGUGUUCUUGUUGCGAAGCUUCCUUGCGUUACUCGCGCUGAUUUUUCGAGGUCAUUCUUAGUGUAGCUUUUUUUUGCCUGCUCUUGUUGCUGAGGUAAUUUUUUCGUUUAAGGGCCAGCGCCCCUCUCCUCACGCGUAUCCGGACCCGGAGCAAGCAAACGACGGCCGUGGCAGUAUCCCUCCGCCUCAUAAACACCUGAGCAGAAGCGAGAGGCCGGCAGCGCAGGGCUGUGAAUGUUUAAUGGGACAUUCUGGAUGAUGAUACUUAAAUACAGGAUUUUUGAAGAUAUUGCUUUCUACAUAGCAGUAGCAGUUAUAUAUUCUGGUGCCCUGAAAAAUGGCUGAUGAUAUUGAUAUUGAAGCAAUGCUCGAAGCCCCCUUUAAGAAGGAUGAGAACAAAUUGAGCAGUGCCAAUGGACAUGAAGAGCGAAGUAAGAAGAGGAAAAAAAGCAAGAGCAGAAGUCGUAGUCAUGAUAGGAAGAGAAGCCGCAGCAAGGAGCGCAAACGAAGCCGUGAACGUGAAAGAAAAAAAAGCAAGAGUCGAGAAAGAAAGCGCAGUAAAAGUAAAGAACGGAGACGUAGCCGUUCAAGAAGCAGAGAACGCCGAUUCAGAGGCCGUUACAGAAGUCCCUAUUCUGGUCCAAAGUUCAAUAGUGCCAUGAGAGGAAAAAUGGGCUUGCCACACAGCAUGAAAAUAAGCAGACGUCGAUCUAGGAGCAAAAGUCCUUUCAGAAAAGACAAAAGCCCUGUAAGAGAGCCUAUUGAUAAUCUUACUCCAGAGGAACGGGAUGCUCGAACAGUAUUCUGCAUGCAGCUUGCAGCAAGAAUUAGGCCAAGAGACCUGGAAGAAUUUUUCUCUACUGUAGGAAAGGUCCGUGAUGUACGCAUGAUAUCAGAUAGAAAUUCAAGACGUUCAAAAGGAAUUGCUUAUGUAGAAUUUGUUGAUGUCAGCUCAGUUCCUUUGGCCAUUGGAUUAACUGGACAGCGAGUGUUGGGAGUGCCAAUUAUUGUACAAGCAUCUCAGGCAGAGAAAAACAGAGCAGCAGCAAUGGCUAAUAACUUACAAAAGGGAAGUGCAGGCCCCAUGAGACUCUAUGUAGGCUCGUUACAUUUCAAUAUAACUGAAGAUAUGCUUCGUGGAAUCUUUGAACCAUUUGGCCGGUUUCAGACUCAGAAUGUGCUAAAAAGGCCUUGGAACAAUUAAAUGGAUUUGAAUUGGCAGGUAGGCCAAUGAAAGUAGGACAUGUGACUGAACGUACAGAUGCAUCCAGUGCCAGUUCAUUUUUGGACAAUGAUGAAUUGGAAAGGACUGGAAUAGAUUUGGGAACAACUGGUCGUCUUCAGUUGAUGGCAAGACUUGCUGAGGGUACAGGUUUGCAGAUUCCUCCAGCUGCCCAGCAAGCACUGCAAAUGAGUGGAUCAUUAGCAUUUAGUGCUGUAGCAGAUUUACAGACAAGACUUUCUCAGCAAAGUGAAGUCUUGGCUGCGGCUGCUUCUGUACAACCACUUGCAACACAAUGCUUUCAGCUGUCCAAUAUGUUUAACCCUCAAACUGAAGACGAAGCUGGCUGGGAUACAGAAAUUAAAGAUGAUGUAAUUGAAGAAUGUAACAAGCAUGGAGGUGUUGUCCACAUUUAUGUAGACAAAAAUUCAACUCAGGGCAAUGUGUAUGUCAAAUGCCCUUCAAUAGCUGCAGCAAUUGCAGCUGUCAACGCAUUACAUGGAAGAUGGUUUGCAGGUAAAAUGAUCACAGCAGCAUAUGUUCCUCUUCCGACAUACCAUAAUCUUUUCCCAGAUUCUAUGACUGCAACCCAGCUCUUGGUUCCAACUCGACGAUGAAGGAGGAUUGAGUCAGUUUUGUACAUAGCUAUUUUUGAAGGAAGACUUGAGUUACCUUUAUUUAGAUGAAAACAAAAGGCAAAGGGUGUAAAGUCCUUUUGUGUACAUUUCCUGUUACCUUUAAAGAAAUAUAUAUAAUAAGCAGGAAUGCUGUGAUUAUUCUCAUGAUUAGCAUUCCCACUGUAAACAAAGCUGACUACUUGUUCUGCCUUGUAAUUCUUGUACAUUUAGACUUUUGGCUAAAGUAUGGUGUAGGAACAGACAUAGGUUAUAGAAAAGAUUUUUUUUCUGUAAAAGAUGGAGAGGACAUUUUUAAUGUUUUGCAAGCCUUCCUUUUAAUGCAGAAGUUGCAUUUUACAUUUAUUAAAAUGUAGAUGCUCUGCUAAAGGUUAAAAUCAGAUUUAACUGGGCAUAUUUAGUGUGUUUUGUAUGGAUUGAAAAUUGAAGAGGCUACUUAACAAUUUUCAGUCAUCUGAUCUGCUCAUGUAAUGUUGAACAGCUGGUAAAAUUGAGAGGAUUAGAAGAUUUUAUUUCUAGAUGGUAACUUUUGAUUGUCUCUGUAAAAGUUUCUUGUAAAUAAGGUGUAAGGUGUGUUUAGAAUUCCAAACAAAGCUAUCUCUGCAUUUCCAGAUUAAAGUUCCAAUGAUUGCAGGGAAUGUACUUAAUUAAAAGUUGAAGUAGGAAAUGCAGGAAUAUAUUUUGUCUGGUUGCAUAUAAUCUCUGCUCUUUUUUAAGCUCUGUGAGCUCUGAAAUAUAUUUUUGGGUUACUUCAGUGUGUUUGACAAAACAGCUUAAUAUUUCUAUCAACAAACAACUUUCAUAUGGCAACAAUCUUUGUAAGAACCACUCAAAUAAAAUUCUCUCAAAGGCC